CCAUCCAAUCACUAAAGUUACAAUUCAGUCGCGUGCGCCGCUAACGGCAAGUUGAAGCUAAAAAUUCUGUUUUGUAGAAACGGUAGAAACUUGAUAACACACAUCAAUUUUAGCAUCUUUUCCGUUGCUACAGCUCUGAUUCGUGCCUCUUAGUGAUGUGUCGGCUGCGAACGAGUCGGCUCCCAUCGUUCAUUUCAAGGAGCCGACUGAAAGCCGAUUGGAGCAGAAGUAUUUUUUUGUUUCAUAUUAUAUCAUAGAAAUGAAAUUGAAAUAUACUGUAUGUGUCUGUAUAGAGUUGUGUAAUGAUUUAUUAACAUACUAUGUCAUUAGUAGGGUUAUACAACUAGGAUAGUUAUUUUUGACAUACAUUUCAAUGUACUGCAGAUGAAGAAUCUUGCGUAUUUAUUUCAUGCAACAAAUAUGAAAGUAAUUUAGGCAGUGACCAGCAGAAGUGAUACUAAAUGAAGAGCCGUUUGGGAGUCGGCUCUCGGAAAGAUCCGGAAUUCCCAUCACUAGUGCCUCUGACUGACUUUUUCCCCAUAGCAACGGUGUCUGAGGCUCAUGGGUAUCGUAGUUUUCAAGCCAUUCUGCGCAUCAAACUGACGGGGAAAAAACACAGUUAUUUCUCAGACACAAAGAGGAGAUUAUUAACAUCAAUGGUCUUAACGUUUAUGGGAAAAGGAAAAGAAACUUUCAAAUGAGGAUUACAGUGGGAAAAGUAUACUUCCGGAACCAGCGGUUCCUCCCAUGGAUGGUUCUAAUAAUACAUCCAUGAUGGUUCCUCCCCCUUCCGAAUUCGCCUUAAUUUUUAGGGAUGCUAUACUAUACUGUAUUAUUAUGUUAUUACAAUAUAAUUAUAACUCUAGAGCAAUAAAAGAAAAUGUCAGGAAUUUGUUACAUGUUAUAUUUGUACAUCCAGUUGACAUUUAUUAGUACUUGCAGAGAGUCACAACAUUUUAGUAGCCUACAGUACCCCCAAAUUCAUCAACUACAUACAAAUUUUGAAUCAUGUAGGCUAACAUAGUUUUGCAGUUAGACCAGAGGGCAGAAUAUUGUGUUUCUUUGUAUAUGUGAAAAUUAAUCCUACUUUUAUUAACGUACUAAUCAGGUGUCGAUUUUAAUGGUAAAGUAACAUUUUUUUUAUUUAUUUUCACAAAUUUUCAGCAGGUACUUUAUUCUUGAGGAAUACUUAAAAUCAUUGCUCCACUAGGUACAAAUGUAGAUCAUUAAAUUUUUUGGCUGUUAUUAAUUCCCAGAAGACAUAUUCAUUAUUUCACUUCAUACAUCUCGUGUUUUUCUUUACCCUUCAGAGCAUAUUUCUGGGUAAAGCCAAAAACGUUGAUUUUGACAUCAACAGGAAGUCUGUGUUAUCAAAAGGAAACAGCACACACACACACACAUAUAUACUCACACAAAAAGGGCACAGAGAGUAUUUUUCUCCUCUUGAAAGUCUUCAGAGUUAUUAAAUUAUUUUGCUGCAUGUCAGGUUUUCUGGAUUUGAGGAACACAGCUGACCAAAGCAACAUUACUUCACAGCUGGAAGGUUUUGCAAUUCUGUGCAAAAGCUAGUUUUAGUGCCAACUGUGCCAGCUCAUAGUCAGCUGAAUUUCUGCUGCCUAUAUGUUAAAUAAACACUGUCUAAUAUUAGUUCUCAGAAAAAAGCCUAAUGGCCUUGUGCCUGGUUAAAGCCUAGAUUACUCACAUUAAGUCAGUACAGUUUUUGACAGCCUAAAACCAUCAGCUGUAGAUUUUAUGAAGACAUGCAAAUAAGUCAGUGUGUUCUAGUUGUGGGUUCAUUUAUAUCAGUGUAUAACCAGAAGAUUUUAUGUAAUUUUCACAAGUUGUGUAUGUGCAUUUUCAUAGUUUUUUUGUGGCAUACACAGGCAGAGUGACAGUGCAGACAAGAAAAGGAAAAGCAGACUUUAUAUGGUUCAUCCGCCCUAUCUCAUCUUAUGUGGGACAGUUAAUAUCAAGAUGUCUCAUUGCAAGAUGUACUCAUGAACCACAAACUCCCCAUAGAGCCUGCAGAUCUAACCACAUGUACACGCGAAAACUACCAAAUACCUUGGUGUCAGCUAAUCUAUGCAAACUGGGGAUGAAGUCAGUAAUAACACCCGCACCCACAUUAGCACUUCAUAAGCAGUGCAUGUAAGCAACUGUGUAACCUUCAGACAUCAAAAAGUUCUUAUACCAGCAGAUAUGAGACCAUAAACAAUGGCUUACUCAGCAUGAAAGAUUUCUUCUGAAACCUAUAAUAACUAUGUACUUAGUGACCAGUUUAUUAUCUAAAAACUAGCUAAAACUAAUGCACUCUAAUAAACAACCUUGCAAUAAAUCCUACUCUGGUUAUAAACUAUUUUAGAGAGGUGUUGAUUAAACUGUAUGGUCAUUUUGGAGGCUGGAAAGUUUGUGCUGCUGUUACAUUUUUAUUGUCAUGAAAGGUGUUUCUGAUGUGUCUAAUGUGUCUGCUUUAUAAUGCUGUCUAGCUCUGAGUGUUCCAACAUACAGUUUAAAAAAAAGAGGGUGAUCAGGUGACUAGCAAGAAAGGAAACUGGUGUCUUGACUUAUCAGACGUCAUUCUGUGUAGGAGAAAGAGGCAGAUGUUUGGGUGGAAAGCGGUUUGGAGAGGGGGAAGAGAAAGAAGAAGGGAGGGAUUUAUUAGUCACAUGUCUUUUAUAUUUCUUUAUCAUGAGGGGUGUCAAGGAUUUUCAUUUUGUCUGGAUGGGGUGGAGAACCUGCUUUAUGCAAACCCUGCCUUAUUGGGCAUAAACAGGAAAAGUGAAAUUGCUAAACUAGGGUAAAAAACAUGAUAACCCAGGCAAAACUCAGUUUGACGUUAAUGUAGACAACGUUCAGGACUGAGGAUUAGAGACUAGACUUGAUGUUUUUCUUACUGGUGUGAGAGGCAUUGUGGUAGUCAGUUUACAGAGGGACCUGAAGACAACUGGAGAUGAGGGACAUGAUGGUGAUUUAUGCCGCUAUUAUCCUCUUUUUGCCUGAAGCAUGGAGCCAUCCAGGAACUAAUCAAAGCACCUCUGACAACUCCACCACUUCUCCUCCUCCUAAAGUUUAUGUUGUCAGAAAUUUAGCUUUCAACGUGGGGAGUGAUGUUAACCUGACAUGCAGCGAUAAAACAUGGAAUGACACAAUAUUUGUUAUCUGGACAAUAGCCUUGAAGAUUAUGAAAGCAAAUGAAACCUGUAAGAUAGCUUUUAGCAAUGAUGGCCAAAGUAAGGACUCCUGCAAUGAUGGGAAGGCACUCCGAAACACAUCCAGCGCUCAGUCAUACCUGCACAUCCCAAACUUCUCAAAUUAUGAUGUGGGGGUCUACAAGUGUGAGUCGGUUUACACAGGAGGAAACGAAGACUAUGAGAUCCAUGUGGCUAUCACAGUUCCUCCCAGUAUAUCAGCCUGGUUAGAGCGUAAGGACAACAAGAUGGUGGCAGUGUGCAAAGCUGAAAGAGGAAAACCUGCUGCCAACAUCAGCUGGAGUCAUAGAGGAAACUCAUCAUCUGUGGAAACACUACUUGACUCACAUGGGUUUUUUACAGUAGAGAGUCUUCUGGAGCUUCCAGAGGGAAUGGAUACAGUAAAUCUGAGCUGUGCUAUCAGGCACCCGUACUGGAAAAGGGAGAAGACUUUGGUACCAGAGCCCAAAAAAGGUUAUAUUCCUUGGCUGCGCGUCGUCCUUAUUGUUGUGGUGAUCAUUGUGUUUCUGGCAGGAGUGUUAUUUUUUGCACAAAAGAAAUUAAUAACGUUGAGGCGAUGCCAGCAGUCAGACAGCUCCCCAUCCAAAUCUCCACCGACAGAGGAUGUGGAGGAAGUGGAGCCCUAUGCCAGCUAUGUUCAACGUGUGAACUCUAUCUAUAACUCAUCUGCAGAUCUGUUCACAUAAAAUCCUGCACAUGCAUCACACAUGCACACUUAAAUGCACAUGGCUCUUUGUGAGAAACUGAAGGCUGUGAAACUGAGAACUAGUGAUAUAGUAAAGACAGAAGCGUGUGAGAUGAAAGACUUCCGAUAAGAGAGGGAAACCUCUCUGUCCUAAACUCUUGACUGAUGGAACAGGGGAUGUACCUAAUGUCACACACUGGCUCCCAUGCACCGUACAUGCAGCCCACUACUCUGUGUGUGAGUUUCAUGGAGAAAAUUUAUGAUAACUACAAAUGCGGUGAACAGCUGAAUUUGGAAAGAAUACUGCCUUCAGCUUCACACAGCACGCCAAAACAACAGAACUAAAGACUUUCAUGCUGUCAUGAAAUACAUGGGCUGCAAUUAUAUAAUGAUGAUGAUGAGGAUGAUUAUUAUUAGUAGUAGUAUUACACAUAUUUAUAGAUUAACUGUAAAGAGAUGCUCACCUCCUAAUGGAUACUUGCUGCAGUCAACCCAGCAAAAGUGCCAAGUAGAGAACACAGGUGUAAUGUGGACAAUAUUAUGUGAAGUAUUCAUGUUUUGUCUUAAUGUAUAAUUAUGUUAUUGCAUGUAUUAAACAUACAUCUCUGCACAAAAUGUUCUCAUUGUUUGUAAGCUCUACAAAAAAACCCUAAAAUAAAAUUGAUCACAAGAACAGGUGAUUAGAUUCAAUUGGAAUAUUUCAAUACUGAAUAUGUGCCAGUAGUUAGAGUGACACAAAGUGGGAAAAGCAGUUGUUUACAUUACAUCGUUUUUCACUCUGGUUAACGUUUAAAAAGCUGAAGUCUCGAGAUGAAUUUUACAUCCUUUGUAGACAUGUAGCAGAAAGGUAACCAAUACUUACUUGAACACCCACAUUUUUUGGGGGUGGAAAGGAAAUGGAAACUGGAAAGAAGGACUGUACUGCCAUCUACUAGUGGAGUGGAGACUGUGUUGUAUCACAGUCCAUGAUAAGAUGUUUGAACAAUGCUAAUGAUACGUACUUAAAUCUAGAACUGCUGAAAGGAUUUUUUAAGUCUGUCUUAAAACAAUAGUCAGGUGCCCACAUUUACAUUGAAACAACUUUUGCUUGCUGUAAUAAUUCCUCCUGUCCAUCCUGGCCAUCAAGAGAUGCCUUCCAGUUCUGCAUCUGUUCCCCAGUCCUAUGUUUUUCCAGUGCCUCCAUGUCCUCCCUGUGUUCCUGCGUUCUUGGGGUCCCUAUGGAUUACUCUUUGUCAGACUCUUACCUGGACUUCUCAGCCGCCCUCAGUUGUUUCGUGUUUCUCCGUAGUAAGUAAUAAAGGUAAUCUUUUGUUUAUUUAACCAG